AUGAACUUGUCGUCUCGCCCAUCCUGGGUCAAUCACUUCCUGAGUUUCUCGUCUCUCUUCGGUCUAGGAGCAUUGUUCACCACACAUUCGUACAUAUGGGAUAGCUUCAGGUUGCUGGCGCUGGGAUCCAUCAUUGAAACGGGGCGUAGACUGUGCCAGUGGCUUAUGGAGCGUGUUCGGUUUCAAUAUUCCUUGACGGCCAGAUUUGACCAAGGGGAUCCUGCUUACGAGUGGAUCGUUCAUUUUCUGACACAGGAAAAAGUCUGGAAACGAUCUAGAGAUUUCCGUGUAACUGCGAAAAGCUCGAAGCGCGAGUGGUCUAUCGAAACAGGGCCUGAAAGCGUACAAGGAAAUGCGGAAUACGUGCCAGAAUACGCCAAUCCUCAAUUAUUCCGAUGGGAAGGUUACUGGUUGGAAAUCAAGCGUACGAAUGAAUUAUUUGCUGGUAAUCGUGCCGCAGGCGGACCGUCGAGUGGCGGUACAAUCUACGUAACUGUAUAUACAAUGGACAUGAGCAUCCUCUCGAGACUCGUGGAGGAGGCACGGCGUCGAUAUAUCAACGUUAGCAAACCCAAUGUUAUUGUUCAUUCUACAGAAGCUAUGGGGCACAACUACGGGAGAGGGGGGAUCUGGGCUGACGUGAAGCGGAAACCGAAGCGCCCCUUGGAAUCCAUCAUUCUGCGGGAAGGUACCUUGCAAUCGCUUAUACAAGACGCGCGGGAAUUCAUCGACUCUGAGCAAUGGUACAACAAGGCCGGAAUCCCACAUCGGAUGGGCAUCCUGCUUUACGGACCUCCGGGAACCGGCAAGAGUUCGACAAUUUACGCUUUGGCAGGCGAAUUGGGAUUCGAGAUAUACUCGCUUUCAUUAGCGUUGAACUAUGUGGAUGACUCCUUCCUUCAACGCGCAGCCUCAGCCGUGCCCAAGCACUCAAUAUUCCUAAUUGAGGAUAUCGAUUGUGCCUUCCCGUCUCGCGAAGAUCGAGAAGAGGACCUUUUGCAUAACCAAUACAUCACCUAUGAUCCCUAUUCCCCGCCCCCACAACGUCGCCGGUCCCUCGUUACGCUUUCUGGGUUGUUGAACGUCAUCGACGGCGUAGGCAGCGAGGAAGGGAAAUUGUUUUUUGCCACGACAAAUUACAUUGACCGACUCGACGCGGCUCUCCUCCGACCAGGGCGUAUCGACAGGAAAGUUCCCUACAGCCUCGCGACGCGGGAACAAGCGGAAGCUCUUUACGCACGGUUCUUCCCUGAAAGCCGCUUACCGGACCUCGGCAUCAUGGUCGAGAAGGGAGAUUCAAUAGAACAGUAUGCCAGAGACUUCGCGGAUCAGAUCCCCUCUGAUGAGUUCUCCACGGCCGAGUUGCAAGGGUACCUACUGGCUCACAAGAAGGAACCUAAGCAGGCUGUGAGCGAUGUUGACGCUUGGAUUGAGAGGGAAAGGCAGGAGCGGAGAGAGAAGCGAGAGAGAGAAGCUAAACGCUUGGAGAAGAUGCGGGAGCAGGUCAAAAAGCGUUCUAAUAUGUAUCCACCUAUGCCAGUUGUCCCUGCUAUGCCACCUGUGAUAGUGGAUGAUUUUUAA